GCUAGCUUUACCGAAGCUACUUAAAAGCUCCCGACUCCCGCCUGAAGCUACGUUGCUAGUGGGUAACUGCGCACUAAUUGUAUGUUUGUGUUAUGUGCAGUUGUGGGAGGUCUACAGCAAUGCUGUUCAAAGUACAGUACAAAGGAAAGAAGAAAUACGUCAAACUAAAUGGAGCCUCACAUUCAGAAUUUCUCAAGGAGGCUAAAAUGAAGUUCAGUAUACCCAAUGAAAAAGACAUAUAUGUGCUGGAUGACACUGGAACAGAGGUCGAUGAAGAGGUAUUCAGUGACAUUCUGGAGGAAAAAACAGACAUCCUAUGGACAAUUGUCGACACUCUUUCAGUCACUGACUCUCCUGCAUCUUCAUGCACGGACACCUUGUCACUAUCAUCACGCUCAUCCGAGAGUGAUACUUUUCUGAUGUCUCCAAAAAGACAGCACAUUGAUGACACCUUUCUGAUGUCUCCAAAAAGACCAUGCAUUGAUGAUGACAUCCCAAAGUCCCAAAAGAGUCAGCAUAUUGAUGACAGCUCUUCACAGGCCAAAGAGCUUGUCAAGAGAGUUCUGGAACAAAAGCCUGGAGGGGAGAAAAUACUUAAAGAAUAUGCAACUAAGGGAGAGAUGAAGGAUCGAACACGCCGUGAACUUGUCAACAUUGUUGUUGCUGAUAUGUUGGAAAAGUAUGGAAGUGCUCCGCCAAAGGACAAAAGAACACAAUAUGCAUUGGGGAUUGUAACACUGUUCCCUGCUCUGAAAGAUCCCUAUUCGAAAAAGGGCUAUGUGAGUAUAUAUUUUAACGAGAAGUUUACCAACUUUUCAAAUUAUAAUAAUAAAAAAUAUUGUUUUUUCAUAGGAGCAAUAGACAUAGAGGUUUUUCUUGAUCAGGCAGUAAGGAGGGCAAUUAACAUUCUUGAAAAUGACAGCAAAUUCAGGACUGUGUUAAGCUCAAUAUUUUGUUUUUAAAUUUUGUUGAUGAAUGAAUAAUGUUUUGAUGUAUUUUCAUCUUAUAGUUUCUUUCACCAGGUGUCUUACCAUGCUCAAAUUUCUUAAUUUAUUUUCAAACUUG